GCGUCAGCUUCCGGGUGUGCAAACGGAGUGUCAAAACGGCACUUACAGUUAUAUUGUAUGGUUUAGUUUUUUCUUGGCAUUCUAAUUGGCAAUAGAGCGAUCUUGCGUUAGAAUAAUGGAUCUAUAUAUCAUUAUAGAAAAGAUGGAGACUGGCGAUCAAGAUGCCGCUUUGAUGGCACUGCAGUCAUUUAAUAAAGAGAAAGGCCAGUGUUUCACCUUUAACAUGAAGGAGCAAGAGGAGAGGGAGGACAGCCCGGGAGGCAGUGUCGUUUUGGUGCAAAGCCUUCGCUUGUCCCUUCAGCGGCUGGGCGAGCUGGCGAUGGGAUUCCUGAACAGAGAGCUGCAGCCAUCUUGCCAGCUAGCCUGCCUGGAGACCAUCCGCAUCCUGUCACGGGAUAAGGGCAGCCUUGGCCCUUUCUGUACACGGAAGGCCGUGUGGACGCUGAGCCGGUACGCGGGGCUGGCAUGCGAUGCCGAUGGCACCGCGCCGGAGACGCCUGAUCCGGAUGUUAAUGUGGAGGCCCUCAAGUGCCUGUGCAACGUGGUGUUCACCAGCGAGGAGGCCCGGGAGGCGGCUGCGCACCUCCGGCUGGUGGCCGGCCUGGCCGAUCGGCUCAAGCAGUGCCGCGGGCGGGAGUGGAGCCCCACGGUGCGCUUCUUUGACUUACGCCUCACCUUCCUGCUCACCGCGCUGUGCGUGGACGUCCGCGCCCAGCUCGCCCACGAGCUGCGGGGCGUCAGCCUCCUCUCCAGCGUGCUGGACGCCACCCUGGGCCUGCGCUGGCUGGGCGCCUUCGAGGUGGUUCGGCCUGAUGGUGGUGCGGGUGCUGCUGGCCUAUCUCCCCUUAGCCGCGAGGAGACGGAGUGUGCCAUGGAGAUCCUCAAAAUCCUCUUCAACAUCACGCUUGGCACCAGUCGCCGUAAGGUGGAUGAGGAGGAUGCGGCAGUGUAUAGGCACUUGGCGGCCGUCCUGAGGCCAUGUUUGAUGAGCGUGGCUCAUGGAGAAGACCGUACAGAGGAGUUCCACAGCCAUACGGUGAAUCUGCUGGGGAACCUGCCUCUGAUGUGCCUGGACGUGCUGCUCCUUCCCAAGGUGCAGCAGGGAUCAAUCGAGUACCUGGGCGUCAACAUGGACUCGGUGAACAUGCUACUGCAGUUCAUGGAGAGGAGGUUGGACAAGGGGACCAAGGUAAAGGAGACUCUGUUGCCCUGCCUGAACCUGCUGACGGAGAGCGCCCGCGUGCACAGGGAGACCAGGAAGUUCCUGCGGACCAGGAUCCUGCCCCCUCUGCGUGAUGUGAAGAACCGGCCCGAGGUGGGGAACACCUUGCGGAACAAGCUGGUGCGCCUGAUGACCCACAUCGACACGGAUGUGAAGCAUUGCUCCGCGGAGCUCCUUUUCGUGCUCUGCAAGGAGAGUGUGUCCCGGUUCAUCAAGUACACGGGGUAUGGGAACGCGGCCGGCCUGCUGGCUGCACGCGGCCUGAUGCAGGGAGCCAGGGACCCGGGCCACUACUCCGAGGACGAGGACAGUGACACGGAGGAGUACAGGGAGGCCAAACCUCAUAUUAACCCAGUAACGGGACGUGUGGAAGACAACCAGCCCAACCCCAUGGAUGGAAUGACAGAGGAGCAGAAGGAAUUUGAGGCCAUGAAACUGGUUAACAUGUUCGAUAAGUUGUCCAGGGACCAUGUGAUCCAGCCAAUGAAAAUAGGACCAGAUGGGAAAAUGACAUCACUGGCGACCAAUGAUUUACAGAGAAUGACAGAAGAGGGAGAGCAGCAGAAUUCGGAGAGUGAAGAGGAGAAUGCUUAGGAAAGAAGGGUUCAUGUAAAUAUACCAUUGAGGUUUAUAAGCACAGUAGUGAGAGACAUUACCUUGUGAUUUUAUCAAUGUGUAUAACCAGGAAUUGACAUAACUGGUACGCAAGUACACAUUCACCUUUAAAAGUGGUUUGUGCGGUAAUCGAUUGUUGUGACAGCGUGAAUGCGUAUACAUUUUUGUGCUUCGCGCCGAUAUGACAAGAAAUUAUUGUGCAUUUUAACCUUUAUAUGCCAAUUCGUACUUCAUUUGCGGUAUAGAGAUUAAAAUGCACAGUAAUUUCUUGUCAUAUCGGCACAAAUGCACAUAAAAUACGUACCUAUUUGUGCUGCUGCAUUAAUCAAUUGCCGCACGUAUGGCUUUUAAAGGUGAAUGUGUACCAGUUUUGUUAAUCCCCAUGUAUAACAAUGGUGUAAACCAGAUUUUUAAAGAGGGGAAUGUCAUGCAACUUUAUCCCUCUGUUUUUUGUAUUAAAAAUAUUUGUGGUACUGGCAGCUUGUCCAGGGUGUAGCCCAGCCUCGUGUUCCAUACUGCUAGGAACUGGCUCCUCGUGAGCUUAACCAGGAUAAAAGGUUAAAAGAUGGAUGGGUGGAUGAAUGGAUGGAUAGAUGGAUAUUUGUACUAGACUAGUGGUCUCUGCAGAAAAAAUAUAUGCAAUAUCCUGAAUAUUGUCUCUUGUUCUUUGACAAUUGUAACAGUGGUUUAUCUUGUCCAUUAUUGAAUCUUUCUUGGCUAAGUCACUGCACAAUAUUCUGCCAUCGCAUAUUUCUCAGCACUGGUAAAUGUUAACUAACUUUAGAUACUUUCUGAUUUGUCCCACUGGGUGUUGUAGUAGUUAAUUUGAAUCAAGCAAUUUGUUGAGGAGGCCACUGUAACUUAAACUGAAUUUUGUAUGUUAAAAGUAAAUUAUAGAUUACUCUUAUAUAGUGAGACCGUAUGAUUUCUUGAGGGUCUGUUUUUAAUCUUUAUCUUUUUGUGAUUGAUCUCUUAAAGGAUUUAGAAGCUAUGUUAAAUGUUUAAUGUCCUGCAGGACACAGCUGUUGUGCCCUAAGGCUAAAAUGAACACUGGUAAUUAGUUCAGACUGAUAUACGAAUUUUGUUUUUAUUUGCAAACAUGCAAAUGACACUUGAAGGGAAAACCUGAUAAAGUAAAUAAUGUCUUUAUAUUUUAUAAUGGAUGUUAUAAAAAAAAGAUAAUGAAA